UCGCACUAUAGAGUAGGUUAGAAUGUGCAAAGUGAAAAACAUAAGCUUCCUCAUGAAAAUGAAAGUGUUUCCCUUUACAAAGAAGCGAAAUGAAUUAAAAAACUCAAAAAGAAGACGCGCAUAGUUUUAGAAGAAUUAUGGAAUAAUAAUGUAAGAAAUCGCUUGUUACUUUCAACGUAGUGUUAUGAACGUAAGUAAUGCUGAAAAUGGUGGACUGUGACUUUAAGAAGUGACCGUUUAAUUUUUUUAAAAUGUGUUUUUUUGUUUAUUAACAACGAAUAAGUGUCGUGCCCUUAAAUAUGAAACGUUACUCAACUGAAGACUGGUAAAGAAGACUGAUUUAUCCACAUUACGUUUACAAAUUUUAAAGGUGAAGAUGAGCAUGGAUAGCGGUGACUGCGAGACGGAGGAAGACUCUGCUCCAGAGGCGUGCGUGUCCCCGGAAGGCCCCUUGUUGCCAAGUAGCAGUCGGGAGAUGCGGAACCGUGCUGAGAAGAUGAGGAGAGACAAAUUAAAUUCGUUUAUCGGAGAACUGGCCACAUUGGUACCGAUGGUUGCGAGAAGUGCCAAAAGAAUGGAUAAAACUAGCAUACUUAGACUUACCGCUACACAUCUUCGAAUAUAUCAAACACUGUUAAAUGGGAAAAACUCGCAAACGGAGGACGAUUUUCCAAAAGUGGAUCAAUUCGUACUUGAACAAUUAGUUUUUGAGCAGUUAAGCGGUUUUUUACUAAUCCUUACAAAUACUGGGAAAAUUGUAUUCGUAUCACACACAGUUGAAAAUUUACUAGGACACUUACAGACUGAUCUCAUGGGCCAAUCAAUAUACAAUAUAACAUAUACAGAUGACCACGAUCGAAUGCGUUUGCAUAUAGGUUCCGAGGACCUUAUUUGUACUGAAUGGCGAAAAUACUUCAACGCUAGACUAAAGCGUGCCGGUCCUCGUUCCGAAACUCCCGUUUACGAAAUGGUCACCUUCAUGGGUAUGCAACGGACGGCCCGCAACGCUGAAUCGCGAAACGGAUCAAAUUCAAAAGAUGUGGUAUCUUCAUCAGGAUCGAGUAAUAACGUGUUAAUAUUUUUUGUAAAGCUUUCCCGUCCUGAAGCCGUUGUUGAUCGAUUAAUUGAAGCCACUAAAGAUGAAUAUGUCACGCGCCAUCUUGUAGACGGGCGCAUUACGACAGCAGAUCAACGUAUCAGUUAUGUUGCCGGAUAUAUGACAGAGGAGGUUUCUGGUAUUUCGGCUUUCAAAUUCAUGCAUCGGGAUGAUGUCCGCUGGGUUAUGAUUGCACUGAGACAAAUGUACGAUCGUGGCGAAAGUAGGGGUUCGUCCUGCUAUCGCUUGCUGUCGAGGACGGGGCAGUUCAUAUAUUUAAAAACCUACGGUUUUUUGGAAAUCAACAAUUCGGGAACUGUGGAAAGUUUUGUGUGUAUCAACGCGCUGGUGUCUGAAGAGGAAGGUCAGAGAUUGAUACGCGAAAUGAAGGAACGGUAUUCGGCGCUAAUUAAAGCCGAAAAUCCCCUAGCCAUUACAAGCUGUGGCGAAGCGGAUACAACGGUGCAAUCUGUGGAAGAUCCUCAAGAAUUAGAAUUAGCAAUAGCUCAUCUUGUUACAAAUUUACCAUUAUCACCGGAUUCAGAAAGCCGCUCAACCCCAAGUCCCCAAUCUGCCUUUGAGAAUCAAGACUGUCCAAAUACGGAAGAACGCCAUACAUGCUCCCCUAAUCUUCCACACCCUAUAAGAAUAAAGACUGUAUCAAAACGACCGCCCAGCACUGAUUUAGGGAUGAAUCUGUACAAACGACGAAAAUCAGCAGCAGAUCACUUACACUCACCACCAUAUCAGAGGCCUAUCUUAGAAGAGAUUGCUCACAAAAAGAACAAUACAUACCAACAGGAUCAGUUCUUAAGGCAUAAAGUCUGAAAGUGUGUCCAAACAAAGACUGAUUGUGGCCAUACUUAAUUUUUUCGAGGGACAGUUUAUGUAAUGUUGAAAGUGAACAAUGGAUACAAGUGUAAAAGUGGUGUAAACAAGUGUAUUCAAUUCUGUGUUACACGUACGUUAUAAGUCUGACUGCUACUUUGUAAAUUUAAUAUUAUUUUGCAAUUAUAAUACAGAAAUAAAUCUUGUAUAGAUUUUGCAUAUUCUCAUAAUAUAUUAUUAAAUAUAGUGACUCUGUGAUGAUGAAA